GAAGUUACUCUUUUCUCACUAACAUCAUAACCAGAUGCAACACACAUUUUCCAAGAAGAGACAUAUUUCAGAAAUACUUUCUUCCAACUACCUCAAGUUUGUAACUGCUCUGUAGAUUUACAGACCAGCCCCCUUGUGUUCAGUCUAUACUCCUACACACAAGUAUUUGUUUCCUCGUGUGAUCUUCCCAGCGAAGAUGAACGGACAAGGAGACGGACUCAGUGUGGUGCAAAACAUCUUCAUCUUCUUCAGGCAACCAGUAUUCGGAGUCCUUGGACCAGUGGACAUGAACUUCCCUCAGGGGCACGGUAUGGUUGCCGAUGAGGAUCCGGGUCACCUUGACCGCAACAGCAAUGAUGACAACAUUAACGAUCAUAAUGUUGAAAAUGUUGGUCCAGGUGCUGAGGUUGAUAUAGGAAUCAACCAGCAUAUCGAACAAGAAGACCCACUGCCUGGUGGAUCCAGGCGGCGGCCUCGAGAGGAGGAUGAGGAGGACAGUAGUAAAAGAUUCAGGUGGUGGGAUGAAUGCACAGACUGCGACUGGGACAGCUGCUUUGAUAGUGAUGUCAGCAGCAUUGUAAGUGAGGACAGUGAUGAGGAUGAUAUAGUCGCAGAAGAAAAAGAGGAGGACCCACUUCCUGGAGCAACCAGAAAGAGGGAAAGGGAAGAGGAAGAUAAAGAUGAUGAGGAUGAUAUAGUCGAAGAAGAGGUGGACCCACUUGCUGGAGUAUCCAGGAAGAGGGGAAGAGAUGAGGAAGAUGAGGAUGAAAGAAGCAUCAAAAAAUCCAGAUGGCUCUAGAUCUACGUCUUGGUAGAGAGCAGGUUUAAGACACAGCAGGGGUGUACACAGACAGAGGGAAUGACUGCAGUCACCACCACCAGCCCACUCUUGGCACCCACCAGCUGAUCGUCCUGGAGGGGGAUCCCUCUUUGAGUAGGCCUUCCCAAGGUUUUUUCCGUUAGGGAGUUUUUCCUUGUUCUCAUUGAGGGUCUAAGGUUUGGGUGGGUGUCAUAUUCAUCUAAUGUGGGCACUAAAGCCCUCUGU